UUCUAUUAUUCGGCCAAUUGUCGGAAGACGGCUGGUAGAAACACGGGGAUUAAUUUCUUUUCGCUUCAUUUUCCCCUCCCCCUUUAUCCCAAACCCCCGAGACUCAAAGCCCCCCAGAUCCUCCAUACGUGCAGCUCAGCACCACCGCAUCGUCAGCCAUCUUCCGUGCCGCCAGUGUCAGCCUCAGACUAAGUGAGAGACCGCGAGAGAGACAGACUGCGAGAGUCUUUGGUUCGAUCGUGUACACUCCUCAACCCUCCUUUGCCCCCUCCUCUCCUCCUCUCUGUUUGCAGCAGAGUCAAGUUUUUGAACUCGAAUCUUAAAUUUUCUUUCUUGACAAAAACUCGGACAGGCAUGUUAAAUCUUUGGUAGUAGAAGAAUGCCAAAGGUGAAAACAAACCGUGUUAAAUACCCAGAGGGCUGGGAAUUAAUUGAGCCUACUCUUCGUGAACUGCAAGCAAAGAUGAGAGAAGCUGAGAAUGAUCCACAUGAUGGUAAAAGAAAAUGUGAGGCAUUAUGGCCUAUUUUUAAAAUAGCACAUCAGAAGAGUCGCUAUAUUUUUGACCUUUACCACCGGAGAAAAGAAAUAUCCAAGGAGUUGUAUGAAUUCUGUCUGGAUCAAGGCUAUGCUGACCGCAAUAUAAUUGCAAAAUGGAAAAAGCCGGGUUAUGAACGUCUCUGCUGCUUAAGAUGCAUUCAACCACGGGAUCAUAAUUUUGCUACCACGUGCGUGUGCCGAGUGCCAAAGCAUCUGAGAGAGGAGAAGGUUAUUGAGUGUGUCCAUUGCGGUUGUAAGGGCUGUGCAAGUGGGGAUUAAUUUUUCUCUCCUUCCAAGAACGACAAGAUCCCGGUGCCAUGUACUUGUCGGCAGUAUGUCUAAACUUAUCUUGGUUAUCAUCCUGAAGCUGGCCCUUAACAAACGGUAUUAGGAUGUCUUCUUCUUCUUCUUCUGUAUUUUUUUUUUCUUAUUUUUAAUUGUUGGGGCAGCCGUGACAGACUGUUUUGAUAAUUCACCAGACAUAAAAAGCAUGGUUCGACAAUCUUUGCUAUCAACACUGUGCACGAUGUUUCCCAUCUGUGUUAGAUAUGUCCUGUAAUUGUCCUGAUACAUUACUAUGAAUCCAUCAUAUCGUGCUAUAGUUGAUUAAA